AAAUACGCUCUGAAGCUAUGUGCUAUCUUUCUAAAUUCUGUGCACGCAAAAACGUAAUGGUUUUUGCGUAGAAAAAAUGGUGUGCAGAGAUUUUAAUGAACUCAAGUCCUGGAUCCAAAAACUCUUGCUGCAGUGACCGUGAAACCAACAUCACCAAUCACCAUGGAAAAUCAGGAUCAGUCGAAAUGGGAUGCUUUGGCGACGGUGAAAUCAUUUGAUUUAGGUAACACAACAAACGGACGUCAUGGUUCAGUAUUCCAGCAGAGUAUGCAGCAGAUCGAAGUGGUCCAUGCUGGCACCACAACUCCAAUCAGCCUUCUUGUCCAAUCCCUAGUCAAACAGCUCUGUUCACUUCUCGAAAAAGACACUGCCCGCGCAAAUCUUCUCUACAACACCAUCUGUGAAAAACUACACAGUAUGCAUCUCAUAGAUAACUCCUACGCAAUGGGAGAGUUCGAAGUCAUGCGCAGUCAAUACCAGAGAGCGCUCUAUCAGUUGGUAACAGUUGCCAGUGGAUCAGAAAUACCAAUAACACUACCGGCAACCUGGCCUAUAGUUCAGCCUUCAGGUCUUGAAUGGUCACGUUACCACAGGGAAUUCGAAGAGCUUUACUGCAUAGCUGGGGGAGGAUUCGGCGUUGUAUUUAAAGCAAGGCAUCGUUUAGACGGCGUCGAAUAUGCUGUGAAGAAAGUCUACAUCAAAUCUUCAGACGUUAACUCGGUAAUGAGCCAUCUCUCGGAAGUAAAAACUAUCGCAAGUCUCAACCAUCCGAACAUCGUCAAUUAUAAGGCGGCGUGGUUGGAACCAAUGAUUGAGUCUACAGUUAAAAAGAAGCGCAAAUAUAAAAUGGACAUGGACAGCAAUGAAUUUUCAGCUGGCUCUAAUAUGACCUCUUCAGCUUACCCUAACGUUAUUACGUCAUUUAAAACUCACAAUUCCAAUGAACUUACUAAUAACAACAAGAGCCAGUCCGAUUUCAUCAUAUCUUUCAAGAAUUCCAACAGUUUUGAGCAUCUAGAAAGCGAGGAUGAGACCGAAGAAUCCGAAAGCGACGACGAAAGUAUAACGCAGGACGAUAACGCUGUCUGCAAACUUUUCACUGAUAUAACAUACGAAAACUGCUCGCGAGUUAACUUAAAGUGGGCUACUUUAUACAUCCAAAUGACAUAUUGCCAGCAGACUUUAAAGCAAUGGCUUGACGAGCGCAACAACCACAUGACAUUAUCAAGAAAGAAUUCGGAAGAAUUGACGCUACUUCAUAGUGACUCAACUGAUUCUGCAGAUCUCGAUUCACAGAAUCACUACAACUAUCCAGUAGCGUGGACACACAUUGAUGUUCUGAUUGACAUGUUCACACAGUUAGUCCGCGGUCUACAUUACAUACACUCUCGUGGAAUUAUUCAUCAUGAUAUUAAGCCCAGUAACAUUUUUGUUGCUCAAAAUGAAAGUGGAUUACUGGUCCAAUUGGGUGAUUUUGGUCUGGCAUGUCCGUUGCAACAAUCUCACAGUGGUUUGGCGCUUGGAACACAUUUGUAUGCUGCGCCUGAGCAGUUAGAUGGGCAAUGCAAUCCGAAGAGUGACAUGUACAGCCUCGGAAUAAUUCUCUUAGAAAUGGUUGAGCCGUUCAGUACAGACAUGGAACGCGUGAAGACAAUAACCGAUCUCCGCAAGGGACAAAUACCAGCACACCUCACUGCCAAUUACCCGAAGAUUGCUCAUAUAAUUGGGAAGUUGGUGCAGCGCCGCCCGAGUAAACGCCUUGAUACGCCCCAACUUUUGGAGGAGCUGAAGAAUCUAACUGAAAACAAAGACGACACAAUCAAAUCUUUGAAAGAGGAACUAGCCGCUAAAGAUGAUGAAAUUGCUAAACUGAAAAUGAUGCUUGCGAAAAUGAAUUACCCAUCUUAAAACGAAAUUGUACUUAAGUAUUGUAUUGAAAUUUGUGUGUGUGAGUGUGUGUUGUUUAAUUUUUAACUAAUUAUAAUCCUUAAUAAUCAAAAUUCUUUAAAAAUUGUUUUAUUU